AUGGAUUAAGAUCCAGAAAGACCAGUUUAGGACUUCCCCUAUUCAUCAGGGAGACUAAGAGAUAUAGACUAUUAAGCCAUAAUUUAAGCUGGAAAACUUUGGACUGAUCCACACUUCCGACCUGAACUGAGUUCAAUUAUUGACGGUGGCAUGAUGCGACCAGAGAGAUUGAAGUCAUGGGAGACAUUUACUUGGAAGCGAGCUUCCGAAGUCUAUGAAAAAGGAAAAUUCUCACUCUAUCAAACUAUAAACCCAAAUGACAUCAAGCAAGGGUAUUGUGGUGACUGUUAUUAUUUGUCAUCUAUUGCUUCACUCGCAGAAAACUAAGAAAGAGUUAAAGCAAUAUUCUUGACUAAGGAAGUCAAUGAUGCUGGCUGCUAUGCUAUGAGGUUUUACAUAAAUGGUGAGCCUAAGACUAUUGUAGUAGAUGACUAUUUCCCUUAUUGUAAUCAUAAAGAUGAAUGGGCUUUUAGCAGAAGUUCAUCAGAGAAGGAAAUAUGGGUACUACUGCUUGAGAAAGCCUGGGCAAAAAUUUAUGGAAGUUAUCAAAGAAUCGAAGCUGGUACUACUGGAGAAGCAUUACCCGCAUUAACUGGUGCUCCAUCAGAGUUCAUGUUCCAUGCAGAGGAAGAGAAUAAAGAGUUGAUUUGGAAAAAGAUUAAAGAUGCUGAUGACAAGAAUUAUAUAAUUGCCACGGCUGUUUCAUCCGCUAAAUAAGGAAAGACGAGUGACGAAAUGAAAAAUGUGGGAUUAGUGGACGCUCACGCCUACUCUUUGAUAAAGACUUAUGAGGAAGACUUAGGCAAAGGUAAAAAACUAAGACUUCUAUAAAUAAGAAAUCCAUGGGGUUUCAAAGAAUGGACAGGAGAUUGGAGUGAUAAAUCGGAUAAAUGGACUCCAGCUCUGAAGGAAAAGCUAGGUUAUGAAGAUAAAGAAGAUGGAGUGUUUUUCAUUAGUUUCGAGGAUUAUAUUAGCUUCUUUUACAUCACAACUAUCUGUAAAUAUAUAAAGGAAAACGAUCUAUCUGUAAUGGCUGAUCAACAUCCUUAAGGCGAGUACUGUGUUCAAAGAUUUACUAUACCUAAGUCUUAUGAAUCACCAACUGUGUUUGUAUUGAAUUAAAUUCAUGCAAGAUUCGUAGAUGAAACUAUGAGAGGCAGUUAUAAGUAUGCCCCAAUGAAGUUUAUUAUUGCAAAGAUAAUAGAUGGAAAGUCAUAAAAUGCAGCUGGCUAACCAGAGGAAGAAUUGGCCUUUAUUGAUGGUGAUUACAUAUGUUACUAGCAUUCACAUAUUGAAUUAAGAAGUAUAAAAGCUGGUGAAUAUCUUUUAUUUUUCAAAGCUGAAUGGGAUGCUCUUAAUCCAGUUAAGAAACUAGUAAUGGAUAUCUACGCCCCUGAUCCAAUAGACAUAAAGCGAGUUCAUAUAAAUAAGUUCCCUUAUUCAGUGUUCAGUAUGAUGGAUGAAUGGUUGGAAUAAAGACUUAUUCAGGGAGCUAACUAUGAGGUGCCUGUAAUGUCAUCACUUAUCGAGUAAUACAACUAAGAAGAUAUAUAAAAUAUCAAAUCCUUAAAUGUUAAGUUUAGCACUGCUGCCCAAGGAGAAAAAAUCUUUUACAAAGUAAAAACUGGUUAAAGCGAUUCAAUGACGAAAACACCAAAUGGAUUAAGUGAAGAAUAAACUGUAGAAAUGAUGCCAAGAAGUAUAGUUUACAAAAAUCAUCCUCUCGAUGAUGUUUUGGAUCAAAUAAAAAUAGAUAUAAUUAGGUAGCCUAUUAAUCAGAUGUUUGUCCUUCGCCCCUAAACUACCAAGAUCUAUACAUCUCAAUCCUAUUCAAAAGUUAUCAAGGAUCAAUAGCUUAAAGCCUAGAAAGAAGCUCAUACUUAAUUUACAGGUGUCCACUUAUCGUUCUCAAAUGUCCCUAACAUCAAAGAUCCUUCAGUUACAGAACUUUAAAUAGAUCUUAAAGCAAUCAAUGACAGAAAUGUGUUCUGUUCAGAGAAUGUAAAUUGCCCUCCUCUUUGCAUUGACUUGGAAGUUAGUUGUCCGACACUUAAAAGCAAUCUCAUUAUGAAGAAUAUCUUUGUGGGAAGAGGAGAAAAGAAAAUUAGGAAACUUGAGGGUCACAUAACUUAGCAAUCAAAUACUUGCUUCAAAUUUGUAGUAAGACCAUAUAACCCACUAAUGAAAGUAAUUGAAACUGAGUCAAAAGAACAAUAAGACUAACUUAAGAUUAAUGGUAAGGAGUUGACUGAGAAAGAUGCAUAAUAAUUUGAGGUUAAGCAGGAAUAAGAAAAUUACUUAGAGGAGGAAAUUAAAGAGGAUGAAAGAGAUGCCUUAAUAGAGAAUGGGGGUGAUUUGGAAUUCCCAAUUAAACUUGAUGAAAACAGUGGAGGAGAAGAAGAGUCUAAUGAUAAACAAGAGCUUAUAAGCAAGCAGGAAAGAGAAGCAAUGGAUUAGCAGGAAUAAAUGGCUGUUAAAAGAACUUAUAAGUGA